CUCAGGCUUUAAAGGGGUGCUAUUAUGCUUUUUCGUUUUUUCCUUGUCCUAUCGUGGAUUACAUAGCUUUUUGUGUAUGUAAAUGGUCGGCAAAGACACAAUAUCAAAAGUAACCACUAGGGGGGAGUAAAUGAAUAUCGCAAAGACAGACUACUGAGCUGCCUAGAAACGCCUCGAUGCGAAUUUCAGCCGUUGCUUUAUUUUAGUUCCGGUACGAGGUGACGUAACCUCGUACUUUUGCUGGGAGUAAAUGAGACAGCGUCAUCAGAUGAUUUCACAGUCAGUCUAGAACAGUUCGAUUUCGCGUUUCUCAGCAAGUAAAGUUUCGGUUAGUAGCAAUGGGUAGAAGGUGUUUUCUUCGUUGUGAAGGGACGUCUCCCUUGUAUGCUUUGCCAAAGGCAGAGCCUACACGUACCUGUUGGCUAGAGUUUAUUUUUAACUCUAUUCCCCCAACUUUACCGACCAUUUUUCUGUGUCCCCGUCACUUCACGGAUGGCUGCUUCAGCAACCUGCGUUUGUUCAGCACAGGAUUUGCGAAGCUGCUUGCUCUGAGGGAAGAUGCUGUUCCAACUUUGUGUGGCCCUAAGGGUGAAGAUGUCGCUCGACAUUACUCCAGUGCCCCAUAUAGCCCCUUCCAGCACGUCGGAUGUCAGACCGACUCUCCUCAGCUUAUUUCGGCGGGAACCCAGACAAGUAACACCGUGGGAAUGCAUUCUGUGGGAGUACAAAGUGCGCCAUUGAAGACGACUUCAGUCGGCACACAGUUGUCCAUGGGAUCGCUGAAAACGGCACACAUGAGAAGCAAAGGUAUCCAGACAAAGCUGCCUCUUCUCCGUGUAGGCACUGGAAUAAUUUCUGGUAUAGACUCACCACUGGCGUCUACACCAAUAAAGGGCCCAGGCUGUCGACCUAGCAAGAGACCACGGCUUGAGUUGGAGGACGAGGAGGAGAGCGGCGACUCAAAUGAAUUUCAUAAGGAGCCUCUGGACUCGACUUACAACCCUGGAGAUUCUGUACUUACAGAGGAAUCUGACAUCUCGUUUGAGACACAGUCCACACAUGAUGAGGAAAAGUAUAUUGUUUUUGAAAGCUGCCUCAAACAGCUGUUUGAAAACUGUCCAGUGUGUAAGAAGGGCUGUAAUCUCCAACGACGAAGGAUGGGAACCUAUGUGGCUUUCACUCAGCGAUGUCCACACUGCAGUUACUUCAGAGAGUGGGAGAGUCAGCCCAUGGUUGGAAGUACCCCUGUCGGCAACCUACAACUUUCUGCGGCUACCUACUUUACAGGGACCUCCUUCAUCCAACUGGAAAAGCUGUGCAAGGCCAUGCAACUCCAGAUAUUUCAGUAUGACACCUUCAGAAGGCAUGCAAGGAAUUACAUGGAACCGGCUAUUGUUCAUAAGUGGAAGAUGGAUCAGCAGAGUCAUUUCCAGCAUCAAUUGCACCUUGGUGGGGUGGUUGCAGUAGGAGGAGACAUGAGGGCUGAUUCUCCAGGGCACUCCGCAAAGUUUGGCAGCUACACUCUAAUGAAUCUGGAGAGCAACACCAUUAUGGACAUCCAACUUGUUCAGAGCAAUGAAGUAGGUGGCAGCUAUCAUAUGGAGAAGGAAGGACUGAAAAGAUGCCUAGAUCAUCUGGAGUCGAAUGGAUUGAAGGUGGAUUACAUUGUGACAGACCGUCAUCCACAGAUCCAGAAAUUUCUGAGGGAACGCAGCGUAACUCAGUUCUAUGACGUUUGGCACUUUGAGAAAGGUUUGUCCAAGAAACUUGAGAAAGCUUCGCACAAUGAAGACUGUGAUGUUCUGAAGAAGUGGCUACAGAGCAUCAAAAACCAUGUCUACUGGUGUGCCACGUCAUCAAGCACUGGACCAGAAAAGGUGGCAAAAUGGACAUCACUGCUAAACCACCUACAAAAUGUUCAUGUUCAUGAAGACCCCCUUUUCCCCAAAUGUCUGCAUCCCGACCACGUCUCAAGGGACCCUAGCAAAUGGUUACAACCUGGAUCAGUUGCACUUCACAAAGCUGAGAAAAUACUGCUCAACAAGAGAGUCCUGAAGGAUGUAGAGAAACUCAGCCACCAUCACCAGACCUCAUCACUAGAGUCCUUCCACAGCCUGAUACUACGUUUUGCACCAAAGAAUGUAGUUUUCCCCUUCAUGGGAAUGUUGUGCAGGUUGUAUCUAGCAGCAAUGCACCACAAUGAAAAUGCUAUGCGGGAGCAAGCUACAACAUCUACAGGACAGGCCGUUUUCAAGGUUGUUUUUCCAAAGGCGAAGAGGGGGGAAGGCAUUGUGAAGCCCGUGAAAACAAAUCCAACCUUCAACUAUGUACGUGAACUCAUGAGGCUGCUCAUGCAGGAAGUUUUUGAGGACCCUACAUCUUUUGCAGAGGAAUUGAAGACCAUCCCCAUCCCUCCAGACCUCUCAGCAGAAUUCCCGAAAACUCCAAAGGCUGAGCUGGUUGCCCGUCACGUCUCCCGCUUCAAUCAAUAGGUGGUCUGAAGCCUAUGUAAUCACCAGACGGGAACUGCUGCCGUAUCCGCUGCACCACACAUGACGGGAUGAUGACCCGACGACUAGGUCCUAAGUAGCCCCAGCACCAGCUUACAAAGCUGCGAUAGGCAAGAUGCCUCAAACGCCUGAAGGGACAAGGCACAGUUCUCUGUUCAACUGUUUUCAAAUGAAGAGUUUGGUUCCAAAACGCUACAUCGACCAUUUUAAAGAACUUUGAUAAAUAAUUAUUAUUUUUUUACAAUUUGUUUUGCAAGUAAUUUCAGUAGAACUGUAAUUGGGCAUUAACUGAUUUACCUUUACUCAAUCAAAACAACAAAACAGCAAGUUGAUUGAUAUUAUCUGAAAUACACAAUUGAAUAACAUGACUUUUUAAUGUUUUUAAAAAUGGAGAUAUAGCGUUUUGAAACCAAACUCUUCAAAUAUUACCUCAAAGGUUCAUACUCUAUGGAAGAAGCUAUGCACUAUUGUCAUCAAUGUUUACAUGCAUACAAAUUACAUAAGAAUAAUGCUUUUGUUUUGUUUAGUAAGAGCUUAUUACAGCCAAAGUAACUUACUCUUCUUCUGUUCUGUGCCUAACAGGUCCGUAAUCAUAUUUGUAAAUGUUGUAGAUAUUUUGCAGACUGUAUGGAUUUAGACACACAGGUUCUAGGCCUGGAUGUUCUGUCAUGCACAUUAUGGGUAUUGGCACUUGGCUCAUUCGUCUUACUACCUAAUAAAGAAAAUGAGACAAGAACUA